AUGUAUGUCAUUGGCAAGACCAUCAGUCAGAAUCUGAACAAGAAAGAAAGAUAUAAAACCCUUGUGUUGUUGACCAGUGGAUCUGGACACAGCAUCCUUGAUGAUCCUCUUCCUAUUCCUCAUAAUUUUUACCAGCCGGGCGACCUGGUCAUUGGGGGAAUUGUUUCUCAGGUCUUUUUCCUCUACAAUAACCUCUCUUUCAUAGAACAGCCUACACAGAUAAUGAUUGAUGAAGCCAUUUCAGUGCCUAAGAACUACCAGCACAUCCUGGCCUUAACAUUUGCUGUCAAAGAGAUCAAUGAAAAUCCUGCAAUCUUGUCAAAUAUCUCUCUGGGUUUCCGCAUCCUGGACAGCUACUAUACUGCACGAACGACUUAUAAGGCCACACUCAGUCUGCUUUCCACACAACAGAUGUUUGUCCCCAACUACAGAUGUCACAACCAGAACAUCUUGAUAACUCUCAUUGGAGGAUACAUUUCUGAGAUCUCUGCCAAUGUGGCCAUCGUUUCAGCAAGCAAGAAAACUCCACAGGUCCAUCACUUUCUACGGCGUAUUGUAUUCAAUAACAGCGUUGGAGACACUGUGUGCUUCAGUGACAAUGGAGAAUUAGUUACAGGCUUUGAUGUUACAAACUGGAAAAUGUUCCCUAAUGGGUCGGUGGUCAGAGUCAAAAUUGGAAGACUGGAACCUCGGGCUCCUCCAGGAAAACAGUUAACCAUUUAUGAUGGCCAAAUUGUCUGGCAUCAAAGAUUUAAUCAGGUGUUGCCUCUUUCUGUGUGCAAUGACAACUGCAAUCCAGGCUACAGCAGGAAAAAGAAGGAGGGAGAGAAGUUCUGCUGCUAUGAUUGUGCUCCAUGUCCAGAAGGGAUGAUUUCUGACAAAAAGGUACUUGGAACUUUUGUGAAGCACAAGGACACUCCCAUCGUCAAAGCCAACAACCGGACCCUCACCUACCUCCUCCUCAUCUCCCUCCUUCUCUGCUUCCUCUGCUCCUUGCUCUUCAUUGGUCAGCCUGGAAAGGUGGUCUGCCUUCUCCGACAAGCAGCCUUUGGCAUCAUUUUCUCGGUGGCCCUUUCCAGUAUUUUGGCCAAAACCAUCACCGUGGUUCUAGCAUUCAUGGCAACGGAACCAGGAUCCAGGGUGAGAAGAUGGGUAGGAAAAGGGCCGGCCAAUGUUCUUGUCCUUUCCUGCACCUCCAUUCAAACCGGAAUUUGUGCUCUGUGGUUAAGCACUUCCCCUCCCUUCCCAGAUAGGGACACACACUCAUUGAAAGGGAAAAUCAUCCUGGAAUGUAAUGAAGGAUCAGUUACCAUGUUUUACUGUGUCUUGGGCUAUAUGAGCUGGCUAGCCUUUGUCAGCUUCUUUGUGGCUUUCCUAGCCAGGAGGUUGCCAGAUAGUUUCAAUGAAGCCAAGUUCAUCACCUUCAGCAUGCUGGCAUUUUGCAGUGUUUGGUUAUCAUUUCUCCCAACUUACCUAAGCACUAAAGGGAAAUACACAGUGGCUGUGGAGAUCUUCUCCAUCUUAUCAUCCGGUGCUGGAUUACUGGGUUGCAUCUUUUCUCCAAAAUGCUACAUCAUUCUGCUGAGGCCUGAGCUGAACGACAGGGAGCAGCUCAUAAGAAAAGCAAAAUGA